AUGGCCGAAGCCCGCGCCGCCCACGCAUGCGCUUGCCGUGCCCACGGCCCUGUCUGCUGCUGUCUGCCGCAGCUCAUCGCCGGUGCCCGCGCCUCCCCGCUCGCGCUAGUCCCGGUCCCGCGCCCGCCCGCGUGCUUCGCUCCGCCCCGCUGGCCUCGUCGCCGCCCUGUGCGCUGCUUCCGCGACUGCUGCUCACCACCGCCACCGCCCACCGUGCCGACCAUCGCCCCGCCUCCCCGCGACGCUCAGGCCGCGCCGCGCGUCACAGCCGCCCACGCCCACGGCCUACCCAGCCACCCCGCGCGCACACCUACCACCGCUGGCACCCUGCGACCGCCUCGCGCUCGCCUCGCUGCGUCGCCCGCCCCCGCCACUUCUACCUGGCUGCUCCCGGCCGCCGCGCGCAGCCCCGCCUCCGCCCGGCCACGCUCCGACGCCGCCGUCGCCGCUCCCCGGCGUCCCAGCCUCCUGCCGCUGGCUGCGCCCCCUCCACCCCGUGCUUGCCGGUGGCCUCGCCGGAGGCCGCGCCCAGCCGCGUCGCCCGACCCCUGGUGCCGUGCGUGCCCGGUUCUGGCCUCCACGGGCACCCGCCCGAUAGCCAGUGCCCGCUAUGGCCUAUGGGCCACAGACACGUGGGGCCCAGCCCUGGUUUUUUUAAAAAGAUGA